AAUGCAAACCAUUUAACGAACAAAAAUACAACGACUUUGACUGUCGUUAAAAAAAGGUAGAACUGCAAUUUAUUCAAUGUCAAUUUCGAUUUGUUUAUGAAUUGCUUUCAAAAACGAAUUGAAAAAUAAUUUAAAAAAAUUCAAUUGUCUAGAUUCUAAUAGAAUACAAUGGGCCUCACUAACGAACAACUUCAUGCUGGUCGUUGAAUAACUUUCAAAAUAAAUGCAAAAUGUCAUGUUGAUGGGCAAUUGUCAAAUGAUACCGUAGAUAUGAAGGUUUUCUAGUCGAAAAAGUGAGGUUUUGAUAUCAUGUUAGCAAAGACCUGAAUUUGUGUGAUGAAAUUGAAUUAAAGAGAUGUGAAAUUUACUGUUCAAUAAACACAGUCAUCAUACUUAUAUCACCAGUUCAACAGACAUUUUAAACGAACGAUAGCAUUUAAUUCAUUACUUUAUGUGCUAUUUGUACAUUCGAAUUAAAGUCAAACACCAUUUUACACCCUAAAUCGAAUCAUGUCAUCAUAUCGAAUGUUACAGGCGAUAUCGAGGCUGGAAACGAAUACUUUGCACAGUUUACGAAGGUUUCCAAUAAUCACACACAAUUCGUUGCUUCACAGUAGUUCGCAAACGCAGGCUCUAGCGCAAACAUAUACUAGCGUACAAUUUUUAUUGAAUAAAUAUCGGACGCUUUUUGGUGAUAAACCGCCAAAAGGAUUUGGCAAAUUUUUUGGAGAACGCAGCUCAAAACCACCACCAAAAGUAGACAAUGAAAGUUCUAGUAAAUCGGAACCAUCGGACGCAGCACGAGAUUCAAAUAGACCAAAACGAUCCGAAAACAUGUUUGAAUUCAAAUCGAGUUUUGGCGGUGGCCAAGGAUCCGAUGGCAAAAAAUCAUCCGGCGACAAAGGCAAUUCGGAACGAGAAAAAUGGUUCACAUUUGGUAUGAUCGGUUCAGCACUUGCCAUUGCAGCCAUGUCAUAUUACGGUUAUUCGUAUCAAGAGAUAAGCUGGAAAGAAUUGACAAAUUUGAUUGCCAAAGGAAAUAUUGAGCGCCUGGAAGUCAUUAAUAAAAAAUGGGUUCGAGUUAUUAUGGUAUCUGGCACGGAAACAACGACCAAAACAAUAUGGUUCAACAUUGGCAGCGUUGAUUCGCUCGAAAGAAAUCUGGAGAAUGUCCAACUCGACCUCAAUAUCGACCCGAAUAAUCAUGUAAAUGUCAUUUAUAGAAAUCAAUUCGAACCAGAAAACCUGACUGGUUUGAUUCCAACAUUGCUGAUCAUCGGUACGUUCCUCUACAUGAUGCGUAAAUCGGCAUCAAUGAUUGGUGGAAAGGGAGGAGGUCUCUUCGGUGGUGUUAUGCAGUCAACCGCUAAACUGAUCAAUCCUAGUGAAAUUAAAGUCCGUUUCAAAGAUGUUGCUGGAUGUGAGGAGGCCAAAAUUGAAAUUAUGGAGUUUGUUAAUUUUCUGAAAAAUCCCGAUCAAUACAUCAAAUUAGGAGCUAAAAUUCCGAAAGGAGCUAUGUUGACCGGGCCACCAGGUACCGGUAAGACGCUGUUAGCGAAGGCCACGGCCGGUGAAGCAAAUGUGCCGUUCAUUUCGGUGUCUGGCUCCGAGUUUUUGGAAAUGUUUGUAGGCGUUGGUCCAUCGCGUGUUCGUGACAUGUUUGCACAGGCACGAAAAAAUGCUCCAUGCAUUCUGUUCAUCGAUGAAAUCGAUGCCGUCGGACGAAAACGUGGUGGUAAAAACUUUGGUGGUCAUUCAGAAGCCGAGAAUACAUUGAAUCAGCUUUUGGUCGAAAUGGAUGGUUUCAAUACGACAAUGAAUGUGGUAGUGUUGGCCGCAACAAAUCGAGUUGACAUUUUGGAUAAGGCAUUGUUGCGUCCAGGUCGUUUUGAUCGGCAAAUCUUUGUGCCAGCUCCGGAUAUUAAAGGUCGUGCCAGCAUCUUCAAAGUUCAUUUAGGUCCAUUGAAAACAGAUUUAGACAAAUUGGAACUAUCACGAAAAAUGGCCGCAUUAACGCCUGGUUUCACCGGUGCCGAUAUUGCGAAUGUUUGCAACGAAGCUGCAUUGAUUGCGGCGCGUGACUCAAACGAAUCCAUUAUUAUGAAGCAUUUUGAACAGGCCAUCGAACGUGUCAUUGCUGGCAUGGAAAAGAAAACAAACGUACUAUCACCUGAUGAAAAACGAACCGUUGCUUAUCAUGAAGCUGGCCAUGCGAUUGCCGGCUGGUAUUUGGAGUUUUCGGAUCCAUUGUUGAAAGUAUCGAUUAUUCCGCGCGGUAAAGGUCUUGGUUACGCACAAUACUUGCCAAAGGAUCAGUAUCUCUUAACAAAAGAGCAAUUGUUUGAUCGAAUGUGUAUGACACUGGGUGGCCGAGUAUCGGAGGAGAUUUUCUUCGGUCGCAUCACAACCGGUGCCCAAGAUGAUUUGCAAAAGGUUACCCAAAGUGCCUACGCUCAAAUUGCCGUGUACGGUAUGAAUCCAAAGGUGGGCAAUGUCAGUUUUGACACACAAGAACGUGUUACCAAACCAUAUUCCGAACAAACGGCCCAAUUAAUCGACGAAGAAGUUCGCAAACUUAUCGAUUCAGCCCACAAACGCACCACAGAAUUGCUUAAAAAGCACAUAACCGACGUGGAAAAGGUGGCCGAGCGUUUACUUAAAAAUGAAGUGUUGAAACGCGAGGAUAUGAUUGAACUACUCGGACCACGUCCGUUCAAAGAGAAAUCGACGUACGAAGAGUUCGUCGAGGGCACUGGAUCAUUCGAAGAAGACACAACACUGCCCGAAGGCUUGAAGAGUUGGAACAAAGAAAAGAAUGUCGAUGUCAAGCCACCAACACCGGUUGACACACCGAAAACAACAACAACAACAACAACAACAAAGGAGACAGCAGCAGCCAGCAAAGAUGAAAAUCAGGAAAAGAAGUCAUAAUUUAGCAAUUUUCUAAUUUCGUUGUUACAUUGUUCUUUUUUUGUCGAUUGAGAAAUGGUUGUAGUGAGCCUUUAAACUAAAACCUGUGCAUAAAUUCAUAUGAUUUAAAAUCAAUGAAAACAAAACAAAAAAAUUAAGUUGACCAUGGUUUUUUUUCUUCUGUAAUAAAUUCACAGUAUAGUUAUUUAAGACAAUAAAAA